UGGUCAGCUGUACACAGCACACUCACCACAGGACCUGGACAGAGGACUGAAUUCCCGAACUGCACCAUGACACAAAGUGAGGUCACCGGCACCCUGGUUUUCACUGUCUUCACUGUCAUGCUGAGCUCCUUCCAGUUUGGUUAUGACAUUGGUGUAAUCAACGCACCCCAGCAGAUCAUCAUCACCCACUACAGGAGUGUGCUGGACGUCCCCCUGGAGGAGCGGAAGGUCACCACCACCUAUGCUACCAACAGCAUACAGGAGCUAUCCACAAUCUCAAGUCCCCGGAACCCCACCUCAGCUACCUCCUGGCCUGAGGAAGAGGAAGAAGAGGCAAUGGACUCCCCUGGCCUUAUUGUCAUGCUGUGGUCCCUGUCGGUGUCCAUGUUUGCCAUCGGAGGGAUGAUUGCCUCCUUCUUCGGAGGCUGGCUGGGGGACCGGCUUGGAAGAAUCAAAGCCAUGUUGGUGUCAAACAUUCUCUCACUGUCUGGAGCUUGUUUGAUGGGAUUUUCAAAAAUGGGACCAUCUCAUAUUCUUAUAAUUUCAGGACGAGGCAUAUCUGGACUCUACUGUGGCCUCAUCUCAGGCUUGGUUCCCAUGUACAUUGGUGAGAUCGCCCCGACCACACUCAGGGGUGCUCUGGGCACCCUGCACCAGCUGGCCAUCGUCACAGGCAUCUUAGUCAGUCAGAUCAUCGGCCUCGACUUCCUCCUGGGCAACCAGGAGCUCUGGCACGUGCUGCUGGGGCUGUCAGCCGUGCCUGCCUUGCUGCAGUGCCUGCUGCUCCUCUUCUGCCCGGAAAGCCCCAGAUACCUCUACAUCAAUCUGGAGGAGGAGGAGAAGGCUAAGAAAAGUUUGAAGAGACUCCGAGGAGCCGCUGAUAUCAGCAAAGACAUCACUGAGAUGAGAAAAGAGAGGGAGGAAGCCGCCAAGGAACAGAAAGUCUCCAUACUCCAACUCUUCACCAACUCCAAUCACCGCCAGCCAAUCCUGGUGGCGCUGAUGCUGCACAUGGCUCAGCAGUUCUCUGGGAUCAACGCGAUCUUUUACUACUCGACCAGCAUUUUUCAGACGGCUGGAAUCAGUCAACCAGUUUAUGCAACCAUUGGGGUUGGUGCCGUCAACACCCUCUUCACUGUUCUCUCGGUAUUUCUUGUGGAGAAGGCAGGGAGACGCUCUCUGUUUCUGAUUGGAAUGAGCGGCAUGUUUUUCUGUACCAUCUUCAUGUCAGUGGGACUUGUGCUGCUGAAUAAAUUUCCUUGGAUGAGCUAUGUGAGCAUGCUGGCCAUCUUCCUGUUCGUCAGUUUCUUUGAGAUUGGGCCAGGCCCCAUCCCCUGGUUCAUGGUGGCCGAGUUUUUCAGCCAAGGGCCGCGCCCUGCUGCUUUGGCCAUAGCCGCAUUCUGCAACUGGUCCUGCAACUUCGUGGUGGCUCUGUGCUUUCCCUACAUCGAGAACUUCUGUGGACCUUACGUGUUUUUCCUCUUUGCCGGAGUGGUCCUGGGCUUUACUCUGUUUACAUUUUUCAAAGUUCCAGAGACCAAAGGAAAAUCCUUUGAAGAAAUUGCAGCAGAAUUCCGAAAAAAGAGAGGCUCAGCCCCAGAGCCAAAAGCUGCAGUAGAAAUGAAAUUCCUUGGAGGGAUGGAGACUGUGUAGAGAUAACCUGCUUUUCAAAUUGAACAAGAACUGAGAGGAAGCUCCGUUUUCUUCACUGACAGUGUCUCUCCACGUUGCAAAGUGUUGCUUUAUUUUUUCAGAGCACCUUUAUGGGCUUUGACUAGAAAUUUCAUCAAGUAUUACUGACAAAAGUAUUUUUCUAAGUUUGAGACUAUAUUUUUGAUAAGACUCUAUAACUAAGUAAACCAAAAAGCCUAAUUCAUUUGCUACAAGAAAGGGCAAGCGCAUUUCUAAUGUUCUUAGCUCAGUUCUUUCUAACAAAAACUUCCCAGAAAUGGAAGUGAUUUCAGUGUAUCAGAUAUUAAUGCUGUUGUUUGGUAGUAAGCUUCAUGUAAAAAUUAAUAAUUUCUCUCAUUCAUUUUUUAUUGUGCCAUACAAUUUGUAUUUAGUUUAAGAGUUUACUUUUCUUGUGUUUUCAUACAGGAUAACUUACUGCCUCCAUUAAAAAAUGUUUAUAAAGAGAAA